AUGGGGUUCCUUUCACGUUCUUUGGUUGCUGCUAUAUGCACGCUCUCGUUCUCGGCGAAUGUGGUUGUCGCUCAAAACUCGACCUGUAAAUGCAUCCCUGGUGAUGCAUGCUGGCCGGCAGCCGACGCCUGGGCAGAGCUCAACACCACCGUGUCCGGCAAGCUCAUUGCGAACAAACCGCUAGCCCACGUCUGCCACGACCCGGACUAUGACGAAGCCGCCUGCACCGCGCUCAAGUCUGAAUGGGUUUGGCCGCUCGUGUUCCAAGAUGGGCCCACAGCCAUGAUGGACCCAGUCUGGCAGACCUGCACGCCAUUCACCCCACGCGAGGAGCCGUGCGAGCUCGGCCGCGACGCCGCGUACUCGAUCAACGUGACAUCCGCCGCAGACAUCGCGGCCGGCGUCAAAUUCGCCAACGAGCACAACAUCCGCCUCGUCGUCCGCAGCACCGGCCAUGACUUCCUCGGCCGCAGCACCGGCACCGGCUCGCUGAGCCUGUGGACGCACAACAUGCGCUCCACGACCGUCAUCGACGCCUACACCGGCAGCGGCGCUUCCUACUCCGGCCCGGCCAUCAAGCUCGCGGCGGGCGUGCGCGGCACCGACGCCCUCUCUGCUGCAACAGAAGCAGGCUACGUCGUGCUGACCGGCAACUGCCCCACCGUCGGCCUCGUCGGCGGGUGGACGCAGGGUGGUGGCCACAGCACUUUGACUUCUAUUCAUGGCAUGGGCGCCGACCAGGUGCUCGAGUGGGAAGUCGUGACUGCAUCUGGUGAGAUCGUCACCGCGAGCCCGACAGAGAACGCCGACUUGUACUGGGCGCUGAGCGGCGGCGGCGCGGGCGCCUACGCCGUCGCCGCGUCCGUCACGGUGCGCGCGUACCCAGAUCUCACUGUCGGCGGAGCAUCACUCGCCUUCGCCAAAGGCGGCAGCACCUCCAACGACACGUUCUGGGCCGGCGUCCAGGCGCUCAUCUCCACCCUCCCCUCCCUCGUCGACCAAGGCGGCCACGCCAGCUUCAGCGUGUCGAGCGCCGGCUUCCGGCUGCUGCCGCUGACGCUGCCGGGCGCCGACGAGGCGGGCGUGCGGAGCGCGCUGGCGCCAUUUACGGAUGCGUUGGCGGAGCUGGGCAUCCCGUUCGCGCUGAACGUGACGAGUUUCCCGUCGUUCUACACGCACUACGCGACGUUCCUCGGCCCCAUCCCGCGCGGCACGAUGAACAUCAACGUCAUGAUGGGCGGCCGGCUGGUGCCGCGGGACGUGGUGGAAGCGGACAACGGGACGGCGCUGGUCGAGGCGUUUCGGCAGCUGCAGGAGGUCGAGGCGCCGGGGUUGGUGCUGGCCGGCAUCGGGCUGAAGGCCGGGGAGGUGGGGAAUGCGGUGGCGCCGAACGCGCUGCUGCCGGCGUGGCGGGAGAGUUUGAUCUCGGUGCUGUCGGUGAUGCCGUGGGACUUUGCGGCGACGGAGGAGGUGAAUCGCGCGAGGGAGAAGACGCUGAAUGACGUCGUCGUGCCGCGGUUGACCGAGCUGACGCCCGGUUCGGGCGCGUACAUGAAUGAGGCGAGUUACUUGAAUCCGGAUUGGAAGGAGGACUACUAUGGAGAAAACUACGAGAAGCUGGCGGCCAUCAAGGAGACGUGGGAUCCGAACGGGUUGUUUUAUGGGCCGGCUGUUGUGGGCAGUGAUGCUUGGGUUGAAACGGAUGGCAGGCUUUGUAGGGCAUGA